AUUUGAGUGAGAGACGCAUUGGUUAACUCAAAACACGCUUAAUCUCAUCAAACCAAGAAUCCAAUCGGCCUAUAAAUAGUCCAUUCUCUUUGAACUAUAUUCCUCACACAGCAAAACUAAGUCAUUUGCAUUCGUAUAUAUAUCUACAUAUUUCCUUCAGUUUGCAUUCUCUCUUUUGUGACAGUUCAAGAUGAGCGGAAAGGGUUGUUGUUAUUCAUCAUGCAGAUCUUCUUCAGCACCAAAGGUUGAGGUCAAGAAGGAAGUUGAUGUGAAGCCACAACAAGUAGCUCCUGCGGUUCCUGCUAUUGUUCAACAUGUUAAGGCUGAGCAGGUGAAGGAAGUUAAGGUGGAGGCUGAGCCGGUGAAGGAAGUCAAGGAAGAGGCUGAGCCGGUGAAGGUUCCCGUCUGCGCGGUGGGGGGAAAUCCUGCUGCUAAUUAAGAAGCCUUUAUCUCGUUGGGGUUUAAGGGGGCCUCCUGCGUUUAUUUUUAGUACUAUGUUUUCUAAGUACGUGUUGUCAGUCUAUUCGUCUUUGUAACUAGUUUAUACGUGCGAUAGCUUAGAUCUUUGAUAGAUCUACAUAAUUGCUACUGUCGUGUUAUCUUAAGUUUCCCCAAG